AUUUGCCAGGCCGCAACUAGUGUGUACACAUACUGCUGUCAUCGCCGCUUGUCGAAAUUGUUUUCCUUUUUUUUUUAAUUUUUAAUCGAUCGCGAAUCUGCUGGGCAAAAUGGCCAAUGAGACUUUUGUGCCUCCAAAGGCUCCCAAAGAUCUCUGCUUCAACGAGAUAAAUUUUGUACAGACGGUUUUUGAUACCGAUAAAUUUCUCCAAGAGCACAAAGCCAACGUCAGUCUCGAAAAAUUGCGGGACGAUCUUGGGAUUUAUUUAAAAAUUCUACGAUCAGCGAUGAUAGAACUAAUUAACCGAGAUUAUACUGACUUUGUGAGUUUAUCUAGUAAUUUGAUUGGUUUGGAUCAAGCGAUAAAUAAUUUAGCCACUCCGCUUGGUCAACUGAAAGAAGAAGUCAAGCAAGUUAAACAAUGUUUGGAUGAUACAAUAACAGAUAUGACCAAUAACUUAGAUAAAUACCAGAACAUCAGAGACAAAAGACAAAGCAUUCAUAGUCUUAUAAGAUUCCACAAGUCAAUUACUAAAUUGGCAGAUAUUCUUAGUUCCUGUGAUAAAAAUAUAAAUACGUCAAAGCCAGAUGUUUUAGAACGAGCUGCUAUGCAAUUUAACCAACUCAAGUUUCACUUUAGCCGGUGUCAGGGCGAUCUAUCUAGUGACUAUAUAAGUAAAAUGAGUGACUUGGACGAGCAGCUCAAGCAUAGUUUAAGUUUGUUACUAGUUUCCUAUGUUAAGCACAAAGAUAUUCUAUUGUUAGAGAGAUGUUUGAGAAUUUACAUUAGUCUUGAUAAAGUUAAAGAUGCAGAAGAAGUAGUAAGAAAAAAAAUUGUUGUUCCAGCAGUAGAAAACAUAAUCAGUGAUCAUACUUUUCAAAAUGAUCCUGCAGGUUUAAAAGGAAUUUAUGUGAAAUUGGAAAAUGUUUUAGAUAGUGCACUCAAAGAACUUUUAGAUCUUACAUUGAAUUCACAAAGUCGUACAGUUAAAGGCUACAACUUUUUAAUAAAUAGUUAUUGGCCUGAAAUUGAACAAAGGAUAGAAGACUAUAUACCCAUGGUAUUUGCUCCUGGAAACCCAGAAUUAUUUCAUAAGCGUUAUCGAGAAACUCUGAACUUUCUCCUUAAACUCGAGCAAAGAUGUCAUAAUGAAGAUGUAAUUGUACAAUUCAAAAGCCAUUUCCAAUAUACAAGAUUCCUGAGCAAAUGGAAUUUGCCAGUGUACUUUCAAAUAAGAUUUCAAGAGAUUGCAGGUACAGCUGAAAGUGUUUUUUCAGCUGCUAUAUCUACAUCUUCCAUUAGACAAAAGAAAGAUUCCAUUAAUAAUGAAGAAUUUAUACUUCAUGCAACAAAUAUUGUGUGGGAUUGUUUAUUAAGAAUAUGGACUGAUGACGUAUUCCUACCUCAAUUACUUGCAAGAUUUUGGAAAUUGUGCCUUCAGUUGUGUUCUAGAUAUCAAGAGUGGUGUAAAUUUGCUUUAAAACAUACAUGGCCAGCCGUACAAGUAAAUGAAACUAAUCAAAAUCAAGGACAAAGUUUACACAGGCUGGAUUUCCUAGUAGGGCUUUAUACAGAUGUCGAGAAACUCGCAAAAAAAAUUCCCGAUAUUUUAACCAUUGCAUCUGCUAAAGUAGUCAACUUAUCAUCAGUAAUAAUGGACUCGUUGAAUGACACCAUAAACGAGUCAUCGCAAUGUCUCAAAUCGCUGCUACCGCAAAUAACGGAGGAGCUGGUCGGCGAACUGCUGCGACACAGUGGCACGCAUCUGCGACAAAUCAGCGAUAUCCCGAGAUUGUUCAGGCGUACGAAUCGCGAAGUGCCGACGAAGCCCUGCGCCUAUGUACGUCGGACCUUGGAGUUUCUCGAGCGUUUUAGCGCGGAUUAUCGGUCCGCCGUACCCGAGACCUCGAGUCAUUGGCUCUCUCUGGCCGCGUCUGGCCUAACUCAGCAGUACAUAUCGUCCGUCACCGACGUACUGACGUCCGUGCAAAAAACGGAGGAGAGUCUGCGUAGAUUGAAAAAAAUACGAGACAAAUCCGCCGGCAUUUCAACCACCGAGAGUCAGGGUACGAGUGACGACGAAAAAAUCCGCAUACAGCUUCUGAUCGACGUUCAGAGCUACAUCGAAAUCAUCAAAGAACUGGGCCUGACCGAAGCAGAGGUGGGAAAUUUGAAUCAACUUCUGCAAAUAGUGGAAACCGCUGCGAAAAGCAAAGCCGAAGCGAAAUAACGACGUUACCAUUAACGAUCUUGCGUAAGAUUCCGCAGGCCCCGGAGCUACGACGGGCAUGAAGAUAUGUUACAAUAAACGUGCAGACUGCAUCGACAAUUUUCGGCAGAGCC